CACCUGCUGCUGGAACAGUUGCUGGCGAGGCGUGGCAGCUGCGGGACGUUUCUCAUCUCGACCCCGGGCCAGCCGUGUGCGUGUGUGCGUGUGCGUACAGCAGGUUGCUCAUCGGUCUGCAAGUUUGCAGAAGGUACUUUAAGGGAAAAGUUAUAAAUCUGGCCUGACACCUUUAUACUUGAAUGAUGUUCUGCAGAAGGAUUACUUGGUUCAUCUGCAUUUUUGUGACUAUGGUCAUGGCUGCUGCAUACAGUGAUCCACAUUCUAUUAAAGGAUCAUCCCCAAUAGUACCAGCUCAGGAGAAUAAGGACACAGCAGCUGUUGACUUGGAGCCACCAUCAAAAAUCAGGUCGCCAGCCGCUACAGAGAGCGGGGCCAGCCCUUCCGCACAACCGCACAGCCGCCGCAGCCGCUCCCCUGUCUUGACUGCAACGUCCUCGGCUACCUGCAGCGGUCGCCCACUUAACGUGACCGCCGUCUCUCUCCUUCGGAAACUAUCUGCAGAGGAGAAGGGGAAGAGGCUGAUUGAGGUGGCUGACCAGGGAACAGUGGACGAGCUGGAGACGCUACUCGCCGCUGGUGCGGACGUGGGGUCUCGGGACGUGAACACGUGGACUCCUAUGCACUUUGCGGCAUUAAGAGGAAACGUAGAGAUAGUGAAAUGCCUGCUCAGGAAUGGGGCGUUGGUGGACAUCAGGGAUAUCACACAGCAGACGCCUCUGCACGUUGCUGCAAGCAGUGGCAACGCCGCUGUAGCGCAGUUGCUGGUGGCGUUCUCUGCAGACCACCACGCCAGGAGGAGUGACGGGAGCACACCGCUGCACAUGGCUGCGUUGAGUGGCCGUGCAGCUGUGGUGCGGGUGCUUGUGGCUGCUUCUGCCGACGUCAACGCCAGAGAUAACAAAGGUCGGACGCCGCUGCACAGAGUGGCAUGGAAUGGCAGCGCAGAGGUGGUGAGAGCGCUGCUGGGUGCAGGAGCCGACAGGCGAGCCAAGGACGACACAGGGAGAACCCCACUGGACAUCGCCAGGGAGAACAACAGACAGCAGAUAAUAGACUUGCUAACAUGAGGUGACUUUGUAGGCCAUCAUGAAGCUGUCAGCCCAACAAACAAGUCUGGGGAAAGAAGAAAAGAGCGACUUUAAUUUCUUUUUAAAAUUAAGAGGAUAAAAAAAGGCAAACCUGCAGUCAUUCUUUGUAUACAUAUUUACACAGUACAUGUAACUAAAAACAUUCCUUCAUGAAAUCCUAAAAAGAAUAAAAAAAUACUUUGUCAUUAAUAAA